CGCGCCUGCGCGUCCACCAACACGCGCGUUCCCCCUUCGCCAGAUACGAUAUUCUAGCUAUUCCAAUGAUUAAGUCGCCCCAGCCCGCCUUAUAGCCGUACCUCCCCCGUUCUCGGCUCCUUCCCCCUCUCCAUCAUGGCUUACCAUGGUGGCUCUGACGGCGCCAGCUCGCUGUUGAGCUCUGCACCAUCCGACCCAUCGUCCCCCCUCACAGUGCUCUCUUCUUCACCUUCCCCCCCGCCAGAAUUCGCCUUGUUCGCUCCCCUGCCGACCUACCCAUCCCCGUCCUCGUCCCAGCGCUCAUCUGCCAAUGCCUCGCCCGCACCCGAGAAUAUGGCCUCCACACCUCCCUCCAGCAACGACAGCGGCGGGCCUCCACGAAAGAAGAGAAAACUCGCAGAUCCCAAGCCGCGCACCACCGAGCAACUUGAUCUUCGGGCAGAAGAGGUCGCAGAGAGCGAGAGGCCGCAACUCGAGCGCCUUUUGAAGGUCCUGCACAAGAAACGAAAGAUCGUGGUCAUCGCGGGUGCCGGAAUUUCCGUGUCGGCUGGCAUUCCCGACUUCCGAUCAUCUGGCGGUUUAUUUAGUUCCCUCCGCAAGCAGCACAAGUUGAAGUCCUCCGGCAAAGAUCUCUUCGACGCGUCUGUCUACCAAGAUGAUUCGUCUACAUCGUCAUUCCACGACAUGGUGCGGUCACUAUCGCAAAAGACCAAGGACGCGCAGCCCACCGCCUUUCACCACCUUCUUGCAACCUUGGCACAUGAAGGCAGACUAUUGCGCCUCUACUCUCAAAACGUUGAUGGCAUUGACACAUCUCUGCCGCCACUGAAGACCGAGGUUCCACUCCCUAAGAAAGGCCCAUGGCCCAAGACUGUUCAACUACACGGUGGCCUCGAUCACAUGGUGUGUUCAAAAUGCCAUACACUUUCCGACUUUGAUGCCGAUCAAUUCAAUGGCCCGGUCCCCCCUGCUUGUAGUAACUGUGCUUUGAAUGACGCUGUCCGCCAAGUCGCAGAAAAACGUAGUCAUGGCAUUGGCCGACUCCGCCCUCGAAUGGUUUUGUACAACGAACACAACCCUGACGAUGAAGCCAUCGGGUCUUGUGCAAGUCUGGACCUACGCACUCGCCCUGAUGCUGUUAUUGUUGCUGGUACGACUUUAAAAGUUCCUGGAGUAAGGCGGAUCGCUCGAGAAAUGUGUGGUGUUGUCAGGGGCCGACGCGAUGGUGUCACGGUUUGGAUCAACAAUGACCCUGAACCAAUGGGGAAAGAUCUCCAAAAUUGCUGGGAUCUGGUGGUUAGGGGUCCAUGUGAUGAAGUUGCUCGCCACGCCGCCAUGCGAAGAUGGGAUGAUCCGAUUAUAUAUCGGGAAGUAACGGAUGAGCAGUUGACCAAGGCCAAAGUGAAACAAAAGGCUGAAGUCGUCGUGUCAUCUCCCAGGAAACCACAAGCUCUCGAGCAGAUUCAACGCCAGCUGGUCACGCCAGCUCCAAGUCCACGUAUUGCUCCCCAACAACCGAUGAAACAGGAGCCAGCCGAGCAGCCUACGACGCCAUCGAAAACGAAGGGCAAGAAGAGGAAGUCUCAGGGGGUACCUGCUGAAAACUCUGCAGAUAAUAAAACCAAGAGACCGGCUCCAAAGAAGCAACAAGCUCGGGCGAAGAAACAGGCAAACGCCAAGAGCAACGCCAAACCCAACAACAGCAGAAUCACGGAUGCAUUCAGAACAUCAAAAACUGUCCUGGCCCCUUCCUUAAAAUCGAAAGGUCACAGAUUCAUUCCCUCCGAGUAUAUAGGGGGCAUUCCGAACCAGCCAACCGCGAACGAGGACAGCAAGGACAAUAUCAACGUUGCUCCGAAGCCCGCACCUAGUACCCCAGCUCCAAAGCAAAAUCGUGCGCGUGUGACCGUGUUUAAGAAGAACAGUAACAACCGGCACAUGGCUUCGAUAUCUUCGUCUGAUCCACGCUACAAUACUGCAUUUCCGUUAACCCCAGACAGGCCUGCAGUGGAGCCCUUCACCUCUCCCGUUUCUUCUCCUUAUCCCUUUUCUUUGCGCAGACAGCCUCAGCCGGAGUCCAUGUUAAACGAUUCGAGACCUUCCUCAUCGAGUUCGCAUAAAAGCGAUACCAUCAUUCCUGAGGGGCCUUUACCCCAUAACUUUGGGGUGCUUCUUGAUAUGGCGACAGGCUAGUUUGCAUUUGUAGGCGUUGUUGGCUAUACGGGCAGAGCAACUGCACUCAACAGUUGUUGCAAGCUCAUUGCAUAGUCGGCGUUCAUGGAACUAUGCAAGAGUUCCACCGGUGAUUCAUGUACAUUUUUCCUUUCUUCACUUUAUCGCUCUUCAUCUCUCAACUGCAUGGAUACCCGACCGGACAACGGGCCAAGGCAGAUAAGGGACCCUACAGGAUCGCUAGAAUUGUGGUCGGAUGCUAUCUUAGAGACGAUGGAUUUGACCUUCUGUUGUCGUUUAAUUGACAAAUUCGUGCGAGAUGUUGUUGCAUUUUAG